GCGGUGCUCAAAAUAUUACAGAAGGUCCAACGAAUACAACGGUAGGCUUAGGAGGGACUGUAACAUUGACAUGUGUGGUGGACUCCGGUUCCCCAAAAUGGAGAAACCCGGAUAACGUUAUUGUAUCUACUCUAAGGGACACAAUAGACUCUACGAGGUAUAAAAUAACUGGCCUUGCUUCCGAUGGAGAAUUUAACUUGCAGAUAAUUGGUAUCUUAGAUGACGACAAUGGAAUAUGGGGUUGUUAUCUCUUCGGGUCGCCAGAUCCAGGUUAUGUAGAUGCUCGUAUAACAGUUAAAGUUCCUGUAUCAGAGUCGAAUAUUGCGAUACAAGCUACCGAAGAUUAUAUUACUAUUAAUGAGAAAACGACAUUGACAGUUUCCUGCUCUAUAGAAAAUGUAAGGCCACAACCCGAACUUUCAUGGCUUCUCAAUAAUGAGGUUAUUGACGAAAACAAUUUCACCGUCCAGCCUGAUGGGAAUCUUGACACAAGUUUCAAUGUAGUGAGCAAUUUAUCUUUAAUGGUAACUGCCGAGGAUAAUAACAAACAACUAGAAUGUAGGGGAGGAAACUUCAUAACUGGAGAAUAUGAAAGUUCAUUUAAAACACUAAACGUAACGUAUGGGCCUACUGAUAUAACAUUUCAGUUAACAAAUUGUCCAGUGUUGAUAACAGCUGAAAUUAACUCCAACCCACCAGCACAUUGUAUAUGGAGCUACGAUGCUGAAAUAACAACUAAUGAACUACAACUACAGCAUAAAGAAGAAACGACAGUAACUUGCAAUGCAACGAAUGACUUUGGUUGGUUAACAUCGAAAGAAACAGUUUAUUCUUGCACUAGUGGUUUAUCUAACAAUGCAAAAAUAGGCAUAGGCGUUGGAGUUGGAGUUGGGGGAACGGCCGUUGUUGGGGGGAUAGUUUUUGGUAUAGUGAAAAUUGUGAAAAAGAUUCAGGCAAAUGUUCUGUACCUUAUGUGGAAAGAAGUCAGUAAAAGCAAAGGAUGGAACCAUGCUGCAUUUCCAGGAAGGAAGGUUGAGCAUGGCUUACUUGACGAUGUAAUUGCAGCUUAUAAGCCUCCUAUGUUCCAUGGAACCCUCAAAAGGUAUCGUUUUGAGAAUCUCAGCGUCUGCGGAAAUUAG